CGACGCAGUGAUGUUCACAUACCAUUCAAACGUCUAGAGUUCAUUAUCACUUAGCGCACAGCAUCCAAACAUACGUGUUACGAUAUCUUAAAGUUGGUUGAUUGUUUUGAAAUAAACAAAUUUCAUGUGUGUUGUUUUUGUGACUAAAUAAACGGGCAAAACUUAUUUUGCUGAUCCUUUUUUUGGCGUCUUUUUCAAAAUAUACAGAUAAUUAAACGACACGACGCAAUGUUUACCAAACAUGAAAAGUGUGCAUCGGUUUCUGGACCCAGACGAUCGGAUCAUCAUAUGGCAGUUUCAUCGCUUUGUUUUAUACGAUAUAAAAUGGCACCAAUUUGGAUUUUAAUGCUCAUUUUGCAUACAAAUGAUAGUCAAGAUGUCAACAGAGUUGACAAUUUCGCGCUGAUAUCAGGCACGUUACGUACAUUUCAACGUGCAAAAUGCGACGAAGAGCUGGUUACACUGAAUUGUCCAAAAGGUACAACCAUAUCAAUACAAUUCGCACAAUAUGGUAAAUCUGGUGCAUCGAAAACAUUAUGUCCACCCAUACAAACACCAACGUAUCAUCAUGAAGACGUGAUGGCAUCACGUCGUGGUCUAUACCAUUACAAUACACAACCAACAAAUGUUGUCAAUUCAUCGAACAAUAUCACAUGUUUAUGGCCAUCAGCAUUACAGUACUCUUUGUUACAGACUGUGGUGGAAGCAUGCCAGAAGAAACGUCAAUGCAAAUUUCAUCCUUCCGCACAUACAUUUGGUGGAGAUCCAUGUCCUGGAGUACGAAAAUUUGUGGAAGUUGCGUAUAAAUGUCGACCAUAUGAAUUUUUAAGUGAAACUGCAUGUGAAAAUGACAAAAUACAAUUGGAAUGCGAUAUGAAUCAUCGUGUAGCUGUAUUUUCGGCUAGUUACGGUCGAACUGAAUAUGAAAGCGUUCAUUGUCCCCAGCCAAAAGGAGUAGCCGAAGAAAGUUGUAUGGUAAGUUUUGCAACAGAAGCAGUGAUGAAUCUAUGUCAUGGGAAACGUCGAUGUACAUUAACAGCUGACACAGCCACAUUUGGAAAUCCAUGUCGUCCAGCAUCCAGAAUGUAUUUAAAAGUGGUGUACACAUGUGUACCACGAACAGUUUUAAAAGAAAUGUAUGAUUCACCAUUGGAGGAAGAUGAACAAGAUACAGUAAUAUCCGUGGAAGAACCCAUUGAAGAUUAUGAUAGAAGUACACCCGUUGAUCAAGAGUUUUAUCAGGAAUCAUUUGCACAGCCACCAGUUACCAAGAUUGAGGUCAAUCGUUACAAUAACAACAACUAUACAAGAAUAUCACCGCAAGUGACAAGCACAGGAACACCAUCGCAUCGACGGACCAAAGAUUUCGAUACAAAAAACCAAGAACGAUUCUACUUAAUCGUAAUAAUAAGUGUAUCAAUAUGCAUAGUGAUUGUGUUAGGAUUAUUAGGUGCUCAUUUUAUUAUGUCACGUCGACAAAAUCACGACGAUGGUAAAUAUCAGAGUAGUGGGGGUGAACAUAACAUGCCACGUGAAUUCGUUGAUGACAUCAGUGAUAUCAAUGACGAUAUUGCACUUGGAACACCCUUACCAAUCAAUUCGGCAAACACGUUACCAAGAUCGAACAGUGGUAUGCAAACCAAUAUUAUGAUGCCGCCACCUCCUGCCUCACCCAUUGUUGAUCAUACAAAUGGUAGCGGACAAGGAGGAGUACAACGGAACACCAUGAGUGGAGGUGGUGGGAAUGUGUUUGCUGUAAGUACAUUUGGUAUAGAUGAACGUCAUCAUCAGCAUAUGCACCAACAUCCGCCGGGUGCUGGUCAUAUUGGUUAUGUGAUACCACCCCCAGAUGCAUAUCAAACAUUUCAACGACACCAUUCACAACGUGGCGAAGAUCUACCACGAGGUUUAGCUAGAGCACCAGAUAGUCAUUACUUCUAUGGAUGAUCUCCAAUUACGUAUGUUGCUGUCAGUCGAAAUAAAGUGCCCCCGUCCACAGCAUCGAUCUCUUGACAAACCGACCUCGACUCUGUUGAGAUCACUUCACAUCACUCAGAGUCUAGAAUGUGU